AUGACCCUGCGAGAAGCAGCUCAAGACUGGUUCCACACUCUACUGUCCGCGUCGAUAGGAAACUUCAAGGAGUUGGCCUUCAUCUUCACAAAGGAGUACACCUCCUACAAGACGGUCAGAAAGCAUGCAGACCAUCUGUUCAACCUGCGCAAGAAGCCAGACGAGUCUCUACGAGACUACCUGAGACGGUUUAAGGCUGAAAAGGCUAACAUCAUAGGAUGCAAUGACCAAGUUGCAUCCUCAGCUUUCAAGAAGGGCUUGCCAACCGAGCACGAGCUAUACCGGGAACUGGCCAUAACACCAAGUCAAACCUUGGCAGAAGUGUUCACGACGGCAGAACGCUACGCACUUUGGGACGAUGAUCGAAUCGCCGCAAAGAAAGCUAGCAAGCAAGUUGAUCACCCGACGAAGCAGGCAAGCCAAAAGAGCAACCAAUUCGAGCAAAAAGCCCGAGAUAAGCGCAGAUCGCGGCCCCAAGAGGGAAGCUCAGAAAUUGGGACCUUCACUGAGUUCGCUAUCCCAAUUCAUCAGAUCCUGGCUCAAGUGAAGGACAAGCCGUGGGUGAGGAGACCGCCACCCAUGAAAGGAGACCCCUCUAAGAGGGACACCAGUAAAUACUGCGCAUUCCACGGGGAGCACGGUCAUUACACCAACAAUUGCAAUGCCUGGAAAAGGCAUCUGGAGGAGUUGGUCAGAGAAGGUCAUUGCACAGAAUUCGUCGCAAAGAAGGCCAUCCAACAGAUCGAGGAUCGUGAUGCGGCUGCCAAGGAACCUCCCCAAAAGGUCAUUCGAAUCAACACCAUUCUAGCUGACUCUCAGGAGUCCGGGCUGACCACCAAGGAGCGCAAGAGGAAGAUCGCGCAGGCGACUUAUGUCUCCCAAGUCACAACGGGAGUACCAGUUAUUGUGGAUACACCCAUCAUUGGUUUCCAGAAGAAAGACUUGAUCGGGCUUGACCUGCCGCAUAAUGACGCCCUAGUCAUCUGCAUUCAGAUUGAACAAGCUGUGAUCGAGCAAGUUCAUGUGGAUGAGGGCAGCGCAGCCAACAUCCUGCAACUAUCUGUCAUCCAACAGAUGGGAUUGGAGCCCAAGAUAAGCAAACUUGCAAGGUCGCUGACUGGCUUCAAUGGGGCCACAUCAAUCACUGUUGGACAGAUCGACCUUGACGUCCACUCGCCUCCAGUAGUCUGCUCACAAACCUUCAUGGUCAUCGACGAGAUCUCCCCGUACAACGGAAUCCUGGACCGACCGUGGAUCAGCAAGAUCGAGGCUAUCACAUCUGCUCUACACCAGAAGAUUCGCUACCCCAUCCCUGGAGGUGGAAUCGGGCAGAUCAAUAGUGACCAAGCCAUGGCAAGAAGAUGCACAGCUCACGGACUCAGGAAGAGCAAGCAGAUGCAGUUCACACCAGUAAUGCAAGCUGCCAACGAGGCACGAAGCAGACAAGCAAGCUCGAGCGAGAAGGAAGCUGUUACCUCACAAUAG